UUUCCAAUGUCUUUCAGAGGCAUUAGACAUCGUGAUGAAGGUGUUAAAUCAUUUUUAGGUUUUGAGUUACUUGGAAAAUUGUCAGUGUUAAAAUAAAUCAAAAUGCCGGUUGUCAUUGUGCCUGUUAGCCUCAUUUAAAUCACAACUCCAUCAGCUUAUUUCAGCUCGCAUCUCCACUAACAAGGAAAAAAGAGCAACAAAAGGCAUUAGAUAACACAGCGUUGUGCAACUGUGUCACAUCUCGAUAAUCCUUUGAAAAGUUUGGCAAGUAACAGAUACAGGACCUGCGAGCGGGGUUAUAAAGUUACACCUCUGCUCCUUGAUUUAAUUACAAAAGCAGCACAGGCUGUCGCAGGGAUGUGUGGUAAAGCAGCGAUAAGUAAGAGCCAUUAUUCCUCUCUGCUUCAAAGCACAGGGAUGUUAGUUGCUACACAACACAUAAACGUAACCUCUGGUCGCCUGCAGGAACUGUCCAUGGUACCUGCUGCUGAACACAAACUUAUUCACACAGCUGUGGAGCACACUGAACUUGGAAAAUGGUUGAUAUCUUCGUCCGUUUUAUUGCGUUUCUGUGGCUUUUGAUUUCUAACAGCUUGUUUUAAUUACAAGUCAACUGCCGACGGUGGCACACAAUGGAAAAGACAAAAUCGAACGAAAAAAAGCCCAGCAUACACGUCGGUCUGUUGCAUAUUGUGUUACCUGUUUUUUUUUUUUUUUACCCUACUCAAACUUCAGUUAGUUAAUCCAGGAAAAUGAAUUAUGUGGAUUUAAUUCAACAAGGUCUCAGAAAUGAUCCAUCUGCUGUUGAGCAGCUGGUGAAAGGAUAAAUGUAAUUAAUUACUUAACUUUUAACAGUAUUCCAGAAAAACAGUGCUGUUUGUGUGUCCUGCUGGGAAGAGAAAUGUAAAGCAACAGUGGGAUAUAUAUUUUAAAUGUAUUCCUUUCUCUUCAGUUCUUAGGAACAUGUUUUAAAUAGUCUGUCCAUGUAGCCCCUAAUAUUGUUUAAAUUGUGAAAAUAUACUCGGAAUAUAGGAAUAUAGGAAUUUGUUACAAUGAAAAUAUAUCACAUGGAAAUAUUACAGGUAAUAUUGCAUAAAUUAAAUUUCAUCCUAUUAUAAAUUAAAUAUUAUAAAUAAUAAGUGUGUAGAAUUAGAUAAAAGUAAUCCUGGUUUUAUAAAUGAUAGAGACUGUUUUUUUCUGCUUGUUCCUUUAGAAGUGGACUGAUCCUAACCAGUCACUCUAAAAAUAGACAUUUUAAUGAUUAUCAUAUAAAUCGUUUGAAAACCUUAAUAAAAUGUUAGUGUUUUAAGAUAGCAUUCAUAUUUUCUAGCACGGUUCUACUUUGAAGUAAAAUAAUCUAAAAUGUUAACAAAAUAAAAUAAAACACAAAAAACCCACAAACCUUUUAGGGGAUAGUUACAUUUGCUUGACAGGGCAAGACUAUGAAAUGUUCCCAAUUAAUAUUACAUGGGAUUUUAUUCUGCCUUUUCUUGUGUUAAAAAUAUAUUUCCGAAUUUACCUUGAUUGUAAUGUACCUCAUUGGCUGUGGUUUUGUUUGUUGGCCUAACUAUAAAGGAUCUGCUUAUACCCUUGUGGGUUGGGAAGAAUUAGGAUUUAUGAAUUUAUUUCCUCUGUUGUAUUGUUUAAACAGCUUUGGUUUAGUUUUGAUCCCUUCCUCUUGCCUUUGAGGCUGUUCCACGGUGUCAGCUGUUGACUGAUAGUAAGAGAACUGCCUCACAGUGUGAAUGAAAGAAAACUAGCGGUUGGUAAACACUGAUAAGGGAUAAAUAGAAAGCGGUCAGGCAGAGAUAGUUCUGUGGGAGCCCAGAUUGUGUGCGGUCUGUUAAAAUGAGAUUCUGAGCCUGUCCUUUUUAUUCUUCCUCCCCUCCCCUCCCCUCCCCUGUGCGGCGUUUGUCUGGAAAAUCUCCAGUGACCCGGCUCGGCAGUCCCAGGCUGCAGUAUUCUUUUUUUGUAUUUGUUUUGUUUUCUAACAAGGGUCAAGUUGGCCAAUAGACACGUCCCUGAUGCUUAUAGACAGCUGUCAUGACUUCAAGUGCUUACAAUAGUAACAUUUUACAUGAAUUCAUGGUUCUGCACAAACAAACGCUGCAGCAAGAGAUUUGUUAAAAAUGCUAAAUAUAUGUGUACAGGAUUUUGAAACCAGCGUUUAUUACCUAUUAUAUCACCUUUAAGAUGUUUUAUAAAGCUGAGUGGGAGCAUCCUUUCUCAUAUCACCCAUUACAUAUGUGCUCAGAGUAUCAUUAUCAAGUCAAAGUGUAUAUAUCACCAUGCUAUAUUAAUUACACUCACAUAAUUAGAUAUUUACACUCUCUUCACCACAGACCCCGAGCAAUAUAAAUCUCAUUUCUCAAUUAGAAUCACUCCAAAUUACUGUUUUAUUCAAUUCUUUUUUAGGAGCAGUCUGUCCUACCCAUUGAUUUUUUUUCUUCUUCUGGGGUGAAUCUAUCUUUUAUGUGAUUAAAAAGACCUUCAGAGGUCUUACCUUGAGGAUCACCAUGUGGUGUAUUUACACAGAAAAUAAUUCAGCCCAUUGUAGCCCGGCAGCUAAUGAGAUUGGUUGUUAAGUGAAUGACACAAAGGCUAAAAAAAAAAAAAGAAAAGCUUAGCGUUUCGGGUGAAUAUCACUGUGUCCCUGCGCGCACACACACACACAAACACUCUCUCAGUAGCGAUGCUCUGGACUACCCUGUACCCCACCUCGAUAUCCUUCUGCUCCGUCUCCUCCCCGAUGUCACUAUGAGAUGCAAAACAAAGGCUAAGAGGGGCUUGAUAAUGAAUUACAUGAUCACCUCCUGAGAGAUUACAAGUGUGAAGGCAUCAACCAGCGUGGACAGUGCGGAUCUGGAAUCUUAUCCUACGGAGCGCUCGGAAAACUACAAUCAAAGAUGGAUUCUACAGGUGAGGAGCAAACCCUGAAAACAUGUAACGGUAGCACAGGGCUGGCCGACUGCAUCACCGAGACUCACAGCCCAUAUGGGUCCAUGGCGAGGAAGAGGAGUGCUCAGGAAGGGGUGCAGGGCGCCCCCGUCAACAAGAGAAAGUCCCUGCUGAUGAAGCCCCGCCACUACAGCCCCAGCGAGGCAUGUGAAGAGGAGAGCGAGGACCUGGCACCGCCACAGGACAAAGAAGAGCUGAGGAACAUUGACACUCCAGCAGAUGGGAACUUGAGCGCAAUCAAUGGAGUUGCCUACAAAAAUGGCUGCCACGACGCGGCUGCAAAGUCCAGCGAUUCUCUCGGAUGGUCAGAAAUCACAUCCGAUGGCUCUCCGCAGUGUGAGCCGGACGCAUCCGAGCCUCUGAUGGAUGAAGAUGACGAGGAGCUCCUUAACAAUGAAAGAGAAGACCAAAGUCGAGACAGGAUGAGUGGGACGUCGUCGCCACAGAGUCCGUACAAAGACAUGAGGGAGGCUGAGUGGGAGCCUCUGUCUCUGUCUGCCAACUUGAACGGCUCCCACUGCAGCCCCUCCAGAGCCUCUGAAGACCUACCGGGCAGGAACGGCCACGUGAAAGAGGAGCCUCACUUAGAAUUGGGUGGUCCGAUGGGUCGGGCGAGUAUUCUUCAGGCUGAGGCUCUGAGAUACAGGCCGCUCCCCGCGGAGGAGGACAGUGAGGGGGAGGCGGAGGUGGAGAGGCCGCCUCAGCUGGACGGCUGGGCUUUGGGCCUCCACGAAAGAGGCCUGGAAAUGGGCCGAGGGAGGGUGAACUUCAGCCUGUUGGAGCAGGCCAUAGCUCUGCAGACGGAGCAGAGGCAGGUCCUGCACCACGCCUACAGGGAGAUGGACCGGUUCCUCAUGGGGCAGAUGACCAACGAGAGGAGGCACCACAGGAUGAUGGACAUAGACAGCAGGCUCAACUAUCAUGGAGGAAAAGAUUCUCCACGCACAGAUAAAAAGGACAUAAAGUGUCCGACUCCUGGCUGCGAUGGCACCGGUCAUGUGACCGGCCUGUACCCGCACCACAGGAGUCUGUCUGGGUGUCCUCACAAAGUCAGAGUUCCUCCAGAGAUCCUGGCCAUGCAUGAGAACGUCCUCAAGUGCCCUACACCCGGGUGCACAGGAAGAGGCCAUGUCAACAGCAACCGUAGCACCCACCGGAGUCUCUCAGGCUGCCCCAUCGCCGCCGCCGUGAAAGUCUCCAAACCUCAGGACGAGAGCCUGAAAUGCAGACAAACACCUGACCGCUCACCGAGAGCCAUCGGCUUGAUAAAGAAGUUCGAGAUGAACCAGUUGAACUACAGGCUCUCUCAUCCAGUAGCAGCCUUGAAAACGAGCCUCACAAAAGACAUGGACAAGUACAGCCGAAUCCGCUUUGAUUACGCCAGCUUUGAUGCACAGGUCUUCGGCAAACAGCCUCUGAUGGGGACCAACCAGGACCAGGAAAUGCCACAUUUCCCUGAUUCACCUCAGCAGUAUCAUGCCUUCCUCGGCGCUCCAGGUGGCGGCUUGCCCACCUCUGGUCAGCACAGCCCGCCGAGUCAGUUCAGAAAAGAAGACGGCCUCCAGGCCGCAGCAGCGACAGCCGCCAUCCUUAACCUCUCCACCCGCUACCGGAAGAACAUGGAGGCUGUCGCCGGCCGGCCCUUGGCAACCUCCACAAAGGACAUGCUCAUAGAGGUGGAUGAAAAUGGCACCCUGGACUUGAGCAUGAAGAAGUGCAAGGACAAUGUGAAAGCCCCGACAAAACCCCCUUUGGACGACCCGCUGUCCCUUUCUGAGGCCGCUGUGGCCAAAGGCGGGAGCGUGCUCAUCAGCCCCGCCUUCUACCAGCCGCUGUGUGAGAGAGACAGCUGGGACGGCCCCAUCCCUGUCAACUUCAGCAAAGCUCACGUGUUACAGGACGCAGAGGAGGAUUACGAUCACAUCUCUGUCCUGGAGGACCAACACUACAAUGUAGACGGCAGCAUGAUGAGCCCCAAAGCCAAGCUGCUAUUACGAGACGCAAAGAAAGAGCUUCUGAGGUGCGUCACGCUAAAGAAUGAAACCUCCCCGCUCAGCCGACUGUGCAUAACCUGUCCGACCCCAGGCUGUGACGGCAGCGGCCACGUGACGGGGAAUUAUGCAUCACAUCGGAGUGUGUCUGGAUGUCCCCUGGCUGACAAAACACUCAAAUCACUGAUGGCAGCCAACUCUCAGGAACUAAAGUGCCCAACACCUGGUUGUGAUGGAUCCGGACACGUGACUGGGAAUUAUGCUUCGCACAGAAGCUUGUCAGGAUGUCCACGUGCCAGAAAGGGAGGUUUGAAGCUCACACCAAACAAGGAUGACAAAGAUGAGCAAGAGCUUAAGUGUCCAGUAAUGGGAUGUGACGGACAGGGCCAUAUAUCAGGAAAAUACACAUCCCAUCGCAGCGCGGGCAGUUGUCCACUCGCUGCCAAAAGACAGAAGGAGUCGUCCAUCAAUGGGCUGCCCUUUGCCUGGAAGGCCAAUAAACAGGAACUGCCCCAUUGUCCCUUGCCUGGCUGCAAUGGCCUUGGACAUGCCAAUAAUGUGUUUGCCACUCACAGAAGCUUGUCGGGUUGCCCACUGAACGCACAGAGUAUCAAGAAAAAGCACUCGGAGGAGGAGAUGAUGACCAUCAAACUGAAAACCAGCAGUGGUGUUGAAAACAAAGAAGAUAUUCAACAUUUGGAUCAUGAAAUUAAGGAGCUGAAUGAAUCCAACAUGAAAAUAGAAGCAGAUAUGAUGCAACUUCAAACGCAGCAGAUCUCGUCUAUGGAAUGUAACUUGAGGACGAUUGAAGAGGAGAACAAGAUGAUCGAACAGCACAAUGACAGCCUUCUGAAGGAGCUCGCACGCCUUAGCCAAGCUCUCAUUAACAGUCUAACAGACAUUCAGCUGCCUCAAAUGGGACCCAUCAGUGAGCAUAAUUUUGAAGCCUAUGUGAACACAUUAACUGAUAUGUACAACAACUCGGAGCAUGAAUACUCUCCAGAGUGCAAGGCCCUCUUGGAUAAUAUCAAACAGGCUAUUAAGGGCAUCCAUGUUUAAGCUGCAGAGCUACCAAGAGGUUUCUCUGACUUGGGAUAAUGGCACUAGAUAGCUCUAUUUUACUGAAGAGUGAUGGCUUGGCUGCAUGUAUAAGACGAGGCUUUUGGAAAUGUGUUUCCCGGUAAAUACACUGCACUGAGAAAAAGUACCAGCCAGAUUUGUAAUGCUUUUACUGUUUCUGCAUUCAAUUGAUAUGUUUAUCUUGGUGAGAUUUUUACCCCUCUUGCACUUAAUUAUUUUGUAUGGUUUGCUUGAUUUUAAUCUGUAUCUGUUCAUGUCACUUGUAUUAUCGCUAUUUAUUAUUAUUAUUAUUAUUAUUAUAUUUGUUCAUCAGUGUAUUUAUUUCCUCGAUUUUUAUUUAUUCCUUGAAUUGUAAAUGCUUGAUAAUUAAGAAAUAUGUUUGACUUUCUGCACAUUGUAAAUUUACAUAGAAGCACAUUCCAAUUUCAUGGCAUACUUUCGCCAUCUAGUGUUGAAAAACUUAUAUUAUUAUUAUUAUGAUUAUUAAACCAUAAGUUGGAUCUCCCUUCAAAGUAAAAACCUACCAAAACGACUAAGAAUCAAUAUUUUUAAGUAUUGCUUUUGCUUUCUUUAUUGGAAACUGAAUGUAUGGUGAGACAAAGUGAACACUGAGAUGAAAAAAAAAUGCAAUGCAACUGUACUGUACCUUUUCCUUCUUAAACCAAUAGCAGCUGAAUGCAACCAGGAAGUGACACUGAGCAAAAAUGCAACAUCAUUCGGUGAACUGAACGCCAAGAUUCUGCUUUGCAUAGAAGAAGAGUGCAACACAAAUCAAAAAUCCACUUUGUCAAGAUGUCUUUUUUUAAAUAUAGAUAUUAAACUGCCUUCUGUGCACACACGUUGGAGUGUGCAUAUAGUAUGUGCCUAAAUGUAUAUGAAUCCAUAAAGGUAUACGAGUACUAUGUUUUGUGGUAGGACAGUAUUACGUGGAUGGUGUCUAAUUUAUUAUACAGUACAAUUAUUUUCAUAGGAGGAAACGUUCCUGAUGACUGUUUGAAUACCGGUGUCUCAGUAGCUGUAAUCUCAGAGGCAGGUUUUGAAAUAUCGCGACUGAGAUUGAAAAGUCUGGUGUUUAUUUUACCUUUUGCUAGCAUGGAGAGGGAAAAAAAAAGGAAGGAAUGAAUAAAAAAAUAAAAACAUCUAUUCCUGUUUGAUCUUAAACUGCUUACAAGCCUUAACACUUCAACCAGUCUUACAGUUUGAAUAUUCUUGUAACGCUUGGGGCAGAUUUGAAUAGUAGCUAUUUCAAAAACCGAGCUGUCUAUACCAACACAACUCGCAUUUUGGUUUCAAUCAUUAAACGCAACAACAAAACAAAAAAAAAGUAAUGAAAACACAAGACAAAUGGUAGUUAUUGGCAUCGAUUGCACUUUUGUAUCCAAUUAUUUUGUAUUUUUAGUUCAACGUACUGCCCUUGGGUUUAACAGAAAGAGGGAAAUGUGUUGCAUCACUGUUCUAUACGGUGCGUGUCUCAAUUUUACAUGAAGUUAAUCCCAAUGACCCAGUAAUUCAUUUGAGCAAUACAUUUUUCAUUUCUGCAAAAUGAAGUCAAAGAAACGUAGCCGAGGACAAUUCGAAGAGAAAAAAAAUGUAACAGCAAAAGAGCCAAAUUACAGAAAAAUGAGACUCUAUUGUAUCCAAAAACUCAAUGUUUUAAAGAGUUUUGAUCUUUAAAAAUAAAACGGAAUCAAAUUCUUUAAACCUAGCAAUCCUUUAUUUAUAAUUUUGUAUAUUUAAUUCCUAUACCACACAUUGUUUGCUCAGGAAGUUUUGUGAAUAAUAUUUAUUUUUCCCUGUUAGUAUUUGAUGUUUUGUAAUGUGAAAUGCUUUUUUUGUGGAACGAUAUUAGUAUGAUAUGAAAUUGUAUUGUAUUUUCUUUUCUUUUAAAUUAAAAUGUAAUGCUUUUUUUCAGUUGAAGUAGUUUGUAAAUUGAAAACUUCCUAUUACUUUUACUAUUUCAUAAUAAACAGAUAUGCGCUGUGUUGUACAGUUUGUGUAUGGUAGAAAUAAACUUUUCAAAUGGU